AUGCCCAUCACUCAGGACAACGCGGGGGUCUUCCUCCCCCUCCUGUGCCAGUGGCUGCAGAACAGCCGUCGGGAGGGGGCCGAUGGGGCCGAGCAGCAGCUCUGCCGCUCGGCUGUCCAGAAGCUGAGCGAGUACAUUCAGCUCAACUUCUCUGUGGAUGAGAGCAAACUACAGCCAGGGAGCUGCGGGACUUCGGAUACGGAGAUCUGCACCAUGUACCUGGCCCAAGAGAUGCGAAAAACUGAGGUUCUUGGGUUGAGCUUUGGGAACAUCCCUGCUCUGGGGGACUAUGGGGAGAAGCGUCGGGGAGGGAAGAAGAGGAAGGGGCAUAAGGGGCCAGUGCUCGAUGUCGGGUGCAUCUGGGUGACAGACUUGAAGAAAAACAGCCCAGCCGGGAAGUGCGGGAGAGUGCGCCUGAAAGACGAGAUCCUUUCUCUGAACGGCCAGUUGAUGGUCGGUGUGGACGUCACCGGUGCGAGUUACCUUGCCGAGCAGUGCUGGAAUGGCGGCUUCGUCUACUUGAUCAUGUUGCGCCGCAUCAAGCGCAAAGCCCCUCUUCCUCCCUCCAACGGCAACAACAGCAACAGCUGUGACCCCAAAGCCAAGCCCAGCCCUGAAGCUGGUGACAGAGCUGCUCAAAAUGGCAAAAGGACCAGGAAGUUUGGGGUCAUCACCAGAACGCCGGGGAGCAAGGAGAGCAAAGAAAAGCCAGGCUCGGAACACGGGAAUGGGCACUGCACCCCAAUGGAGGUGGAGGUUGCUCAGCCAGAGACCUCGGAAGCAGAAAGCAACGGGGAAGAGCAGCUUCGGGGCCCAGGGGCACAGUACCGAUGCCGGUUGUCAGACGGCGGGGUGCCAGACAUUGGCGACCAGUCUGCCCAGCGAGAAGGUUGCCGCAUAUGGAAGAUGCAUAUCCUGAAGGGGACGGAUGGGCUGGGAAUCCAGAUAACAGGAGGCAGAGGGUCGAAGCGGUCCCCUCACAGCAUUAUCAUCACCCAUGUGGAGGAAGGCGGCUCCGCACACAGGGAUGGCAGGCUGACGGCGGGCGACGAGCUCCUCAUGAUCAACGGGCAGUCGCUGGUUGGGCUGUCCCACCAGGACGCUGUGGCCCUCCUUCGCUCGGCCGCUGGCCUGGUGCAGCUGGUAGUCGCUAGCAAGGAAUCUGCUGAAGGGGAUUUUCUGAAGUACCCAUCUACCAGUUUGCCAGACUUGCUUAGCACUUGCUCAGUCCAACACUCUGUCUCUUGCACUGACAAUAAGGAAAACGAAGAGCCAGAAGAAGACGACGUGAAAGGAGUGAAUGUGUCUCCUGAAAAACUGGUCACUGUGAUGGAAACUGAGAAGUCUCCAGAUCCAGCAUGUGCAGAAGUGUCCAAAGGAAACAACCAGAGUCCAACUCUGGGAAGUGGCAUACUGAAAUACAGAAGUCGAUCCCAAGGUGCCGGAUCCCGCUUGGAGUCCGUGGGAGAAGACGAUGAGCUGACAGUGGAAAACGGUGAAUCAAGUUACGAAAUAGCGGUGAAAUAUUCCCGGGGUGGAAGAAAGCACUCUCUGCCCCAGCAGCUGGAGUCGGCGGGAGCCAGGCAGGAGGGAGGAAAGGACUACCAUAUUGUGAAGAAAUCCACCCGUUCCUUCAGUGCUGCCCAAGUGGAAUCUCCAUGGAGACUGACCCAGCCGUCCAUCAUUUCCAACAUUGUCCUGAUGAAAGGGCAAGGCAAGGGUCUUGGAUUCAGCAUUGUGGGAGGUCAGGAUUCUGCUCGCGGACGCAUGGGGAUUUUCGUGAAGACUAUAUUCCCAAAUGGAGCAGCGGCUGCUGACGGAAGGCUUAAAGAAGGCGACGAAAUCCUAGAAGUUAAUGGGGAGUCACUGCAAGGGCUGACCCAUCAAGAGGCCAUUCAGAGGUUUAAGCAACUCAAGAAAGGAGUGGUGACCCUGACGGUGCGCACGCGGUUACGCAGCCCAAGCCUCACGCCCUGCGCGACUCCCACCUUGCUGAGCCGCUCCAGCUCCCCCAGCUCCAGUGCCAGCGGUGGCACGCCGGUCCCCGGCCCUGACGAGGCAGACGGUUCCUCCUCCAGAAGAGGGCUGCCAUGCAGGUAUUUAACAAAAGAGAGCAGCGCAGUUGACACCAUCUUCUGUGCUCACGUUUUUUGCAAUAAUUUCAAGUGGCAUCUUUAUUGGAUUGCUGCCCCCACUGCUUUGUGCUUCGGACCAGAUCGGACCUUGUGCGACAUUGCCAGGCAGUUCCCACGACGCACAGAAAAUUCGCUGGGAGUGGAGCUAGUCCGCCUAGUGAUGGAUCUCAGAAAACAGUCAGGAUCAGAUAUUUCAAUCCUAAUUUCCACUGUUGAGCCAGGGGUUGGGCUCGGCAUCGGUGCCUGUUGUCUCACGCUGGAAAACAGUUCUCCAGGGAUAUACAUUCACAGCCUGGCCCCAGGAUCCGUGGCUAAAAUGGAUGGCAGAUUAAGCCGGGGUGACCAGAUCCUGGAGGCAGAUUCGGUGAGUCUGCGUCACGCGGCUUUAAGUGAAGCCUACGCCAUCCUGAGCGAAUGUGGUCCAGGUCCGGUCAGCCUUAUCAUUAGUCGGCAUCCUAACCCAAAGGUUUCUGAGCAGGAGAUGGAUGAAGCAAUUGCACGUACUACCCACCGAGAGAGCAAGGAUGCCAGCUCCUCUCACAUCACAGGAGCUGUACAAAAAAGCCCAUCUCCUAAUGUGAAGGCCAAACAAGGAGAGACCUCAUCUCCCCUGAGCUGGACUAUGAAACGCUUCCUGGAGCCGGCAAGCCGGGGAUCUGUCAGCUCCGAGGCAGAGCUUUCCCAGUACUUCUCGCACGAUGGUACAAGUCAGCUCCCAUUUUCGGAUGCUGUAACUGGCUCCUGCGAUGAAGAACAGCUUCGUCAAAAGAACAGAAACAGUUUGUUGGAUGAUGGCUCUCUUCUUCCUGGCAACCCAACUACUAGAGAAGCAGGAGUGGCAAAAGCAAAUGGUUUGGCUUCUCCAACUAGUGGGAGAUCAUCUGGCCUUCACAACAAGCACAUGGAGUCCGUCCGACCUGGCAUCCUCAGCGACAGCCCCAAAUCUGCCCGCAGCCCCUUUCAUCGACAAAGGAGGGUUGUUUUCUAUGAUGGUGAUGUUAGUGAUGAUGACGAAAGUUCCAAAUUGCAAAGAAGCCAGAGGGCCAAGAGCCAGGAGGACGCUGGCAUUGUCAUUACAACCUCAUCUGUAGAAAUUGAUGAUGAAAGCCAGGACAGCGAGUCACCUCGAUACAGUGGCACGGAGACAUCUUCCCCUGUCUUCAGCAGCUCCAUGGAGUCUGCAGACAAUACACUGGAGCAAAUUGAUUCUCCUUUCUUCCCCAUCAUAGCGUUCGAUUACUCAAGUGUGCCUGAAGUUCGUCUUGGUAGCCUGAGUUUGAAGGAGCUCCGGGAAGCACAGCUUGAGUCUAAGAGAUCGCCAAAACUUGAGCACAGAGCAGUCACCAGAGUGAAAAGCAUGAUGAGCACCGAGUGCCGAAGCCUUCAGAGACACCGGAUGGAGGAGCAUGGCUCUUACAACAAGCCAGUUGCGAGAACGCUCCCUCACAGCAAGAAGUGUGAAGCACCCGACGGGGCUGGGCAGGGACAGGGUGAAAUAGUGACUCUGGUUCGCAAUGAGCACGAGUCUUUUGGCCUGGAUUUGGAAAUCCAAGCGAUGCCCUUAAAGGUUGUUGUCACAGGGCUGCGGCCAGGUGGAGCAGCAGAAAUGGGAUCAAUGGGCAAGAUGGCUGUAGGAGAUGAGAUUACCACCAUCAACAGCAUCCCAGUCAAUAAGAUGACGUACGAGGAAAUCUGCAUGCUUAUGCAGUGUCUUCCCACAUCCAUAACCCUGGAGAUCCAGAAAGCAGCAUCAGCUGUCAGCAGAUUUACAAACCUCAUCCUGUCUCCAGGGGUAGACAGUCAAAAUCAGGCCGAUGUCAACAGCAUCCUUGCAACUGAGGAAGAACAGAGUGCCGGGAAGCGAGACGGAGCAGCUUUGCAAAAUGCCGGUGGCGGCUGUGCGGUGGAGAGAACAACACUGCCACCUGAUGCCACAAGCAAAGACGCGCAAAGAGGUACCACGAAAGGCAGCCGCUCCGAAGACUGCACUGCCAUCCCCGUCACUGAUAUCGAUGACUUGCUCAGCCAAAUGGGUGCUCCGGAGAGCAGGGCUUCGCGCACCCCGUCUCGAGCCGAAAGCCCCCUCCGAGAAGAGUACACCACGAUGUGCUGCUGUGGGACUGAUGAAGGCUGUCCUGGUUCCGAGUCACAGCCAGCCAAGGAGGAGCUGCUGGAAAAAACUGUGAAUUGUGGAGCUAAUGCACAAGGGGUUUUGGGGCUGUCUGUGUUGGACUCCAUUAACACAGGCAAACUUUUUACUGUGAAUAAAAACUCUUUAAAUAACUAUUCUAGGAAUUUUAGCAGUUUAAAUGAGGAUGAGUUGCCUGCAGCAAACUCUCUGGAAAGUAAGAGAAGUGACCCAUUUCCAAAGUCUAUGUAUGGAGCUGCAGAGGAUUCUCACUCGGAUGCAGAGUCUGUCACAGAAACCUUUGAUAGUGCCAAUGAGGUAUUUCUUGGGCCAUGCGCUGCUGCUAACGCCCCUGCAGCGUGUACUGUAAUGGAGUCGGAUGAGGAGCAAAUUGAGAUUUGUUGCAUGAACGAUGAGCCGCAAAAGCCCACGCAGGAGCAGCAUCUCACAUCUGCAACAAGCUCAUCCUCUCUGUCCCUGCUGCACCGUUACGGUGGCAAAGUUUUGCAAACUGAGGGAUGCACAAUGUGUGGGUCACUGGAGACAAGCAUCAACAAACUAGGCUUGGAAGAUCAUAAUGGUCCUGCUUCCUGUCCUUCACAGUGUUCAGAUGUGUCCUCUGCAUCCUUGUGUUCUCCUUCCCCAGUUUUCCUGCCAGAAAAAGACAUCCUAAAGAAUUCUGUCAGUGUCCCUGAAGUUUACUCUUUCUGUAAUAAUGGUGCCUUAAGUACAGAAGAACAGAUGGGUUUGGGGAACAGUAACGGACAUAUGAAAUUCUGCGAAUCCAUUGAAGAGGAAGGCUCUCUGCAAUGCAAAAAAAUAAGCUUUUGCUCUACUAGAAAUGUCAAUGGCUUGGAGAACAGCUUGCUUGAGAAAGAAGUUUAUCGUGAUGAGCAGAGAACCAAAUCUGAAAGCGAAACGGUGGUUGAUGACUGUAAUCAUGCUGUUAGUUAUUGCUUAGUGAAGAAAGAGACUAACAGUUUGUCCAACUUGUCUAAAACAGACAGCAGUCAUGUGAAUGCAUCAUCAUCAAGAGCAAUAUCACUCAGGUCUCCCUUUACCACUAGAUCUAAAGAUCCAAAGGCUAACACAACUUAUGACUUGCCAGGGAAAAAUGAGAAAAUAAACUCUUUGACUUCAGGAAGGACUUCAAACGGAAAAGUCCAAAGCUCAGGCACAAAUCACUGCAAAGGAGCUGCAGUACCACACAGCCCAUCCUCGCAGAAAAAAUCCUGUCAGGAGUCUAAGGGAAUGGCACAUAAAAGUAUAAUGGACACCCUUUUAAAUAACCAGAAGGCCAAAGGAGGAACAAAGCUAAAAGGGUUCGCCAUCAAAAGCAAAGCAAAGGCAAAUUCAGAUUCUUCUGGCAUUAAUCCUACCAAAGUCAGCGGGGCUGAGCAGAAAAGGACUUCUGUUUCUCCACAGCAGUCCCCCAAACUCCUGUCAAGGAAAACACCAUUGUCCCGUAAUUCACCUACAAACGCAGAUCCUGGCAAGAGCAUUUCAGCAGCCUCAAGGACUCUGAAGUCAGAGCUAGAAAAUAAACCAUCUUUGGUCAUUUCUGAAGAUUUACUUCCACCUCUCCUAAAUGGCACCGGCAGCUCAAUGGCGAGUGGCGAAAUGAAGUGUGGCUGUGGGGAGCUAACAGACCUGCAGCAGGCAUGGGGAAAGCCAAAAGAAAAGCAAGUUUCCGUGCAGCCUGCGGGUUGUCAGGGUAAGAAUGUUAACGUUGAUGAUUCCAGAUUCAGAGAUGGUCAGUCCAAAGUCACUUCAUCUCUUCAGGGGAUACCAAAAGUUGAAUAUGUGAAAGGGAGGACUGAGAACCCUGGAACAGGCCUGAACGUUAUCAAGAGCAUCUGUAGCACAGAUGACCUUAGGCAAUUAGAUCUUCAAAAUGAGCAGCUGGAAGGGCAGGAGAUCCAGCGCACUUUCAUUGAGGUGAAGCUUUCCUCUUCCUCCUCAUCCUCUUCCUCUUCCUCCUCUGCCUCUUCUUCACCAGCGUCGUUUUUGCAGCUGCCAUUGCUGGAGAAAACAGAAGAGGCGAAUGCAGAAGUGCCUCGGCUGACUGAGGAAAUGGGGACCAUGCAGUAUUUCUCAAAAGCGGAUACCGCUGGAGACGGAAAUCUCUAUGGCUUGUCAAAACCUGUGACAAGGACUUACUCGAUGCCAGCCCAGUUAUCAGGUCACUUGAGGGAGGACUGCCAUGUUGCAGAGGUUCAUCCCAUGCAAAGCCCUCAGGGCCACACUGCAGAGGAGAAAUACUCCCAGGUGGCAACAGGGAUGUUAAAGAUGGUCCAUCUCAACCUGCCGAAUGGCCAGAGCGGGAAGGAGCCAGUGUACACCUCCAAAAGUGCCCAGAGGGUCCAUGACACGUCCCCCUCAGACAGUGACAUUACUGCGCUUCACUUGGAUCAGCUGCUCGUCUCAAGCCUGGACCAGCAAAAACUGCAAGCUGUUUUGUCAGCAGUAGUACCAAAAUGUGACGUUGCUGCUAUGCUCCAAGAAGUCAAAGCACAAGUAAAGAGCAAAGAAGAUACGUACUUUGUAGUCUUGCACAAAGAAGAAGGAGCUGGCCUGGGAUUUAGCGUGGCUGGAGGAAUAGAUCUGGAACAGAAAUCAGUCACAGUCCACAGAGUGUUUUCAAAGGGAGUGGCGUCACAAGAAGGGACUAUUCAUCGAGGAGACCUUGUUGUAUCAAUCAAUGGCAAGUCUCUUGCAAGCUCAGUCCAUGGGGAUGUCCUGAAUGCUCUUCAUCAGGCAAGACUAUACAUAUACGCUGUCAUUGUCAUCCAGAAGGAAAAAGACAAAGCAAACAAUUCCUCCAGACUUGAGAUAUCAGCUACUGGCAGAAAAUGUGUGGGGUCUGGAAAGGAUGUUUCCAUGGAAAUAGGAACAGAUCCAAACCUGGAUAUGAAUGAUGUCAUCUGCGUUGAAUUAUUGAAAACCUCUGCUGGCUUGGGAUUCAGUCUUGAUGGUGGAAAAGCUUCCAUUGCUGGGGACAGGCCCUUGCUUGUAAAAAGAAUCUUUAAAGGUGGUGCUGCAGAGCAAUCUGGAAACAUAGAAACUGGAGAUGAAAUUCUUGCUGUUAGUGGAAAAUCAUUACUUGGCCUCAUGCAUUAUGAUGCCUGGAACAUUAUUAAAUCUGUGCCAGAGGGCCCUGUUCAGUUGCUAAUCAGAAAACACAGAACUUCAGCGUGA